ACAGCUGAAUCUCUGGAAGGACUCACCAGAAAUAACUGAGCCAGGAAUCCUCCCUCUGAAAUACCAAUUGUUUACACUCAAUUAGUGUUUGUUUCUUUCUGCUGGCAGCAUUUUUGGUGACCUUGACUUCCUCAAAAAUGUUUACAGGGCCUUGAUGUAUCCUGCAAGUUCCAUCUGGUUUGUCCACAUUUCCAUAACGAGCACAUCACCCUAAUUUGGAGGAGGAUUAAUUAGAACUUUCUGCUGACAAAUUCUGCCUGUGUGGUGGGUUUGGGGUGUUUGAGUGACCACGAGGAGAAGGCUGUGAAGUGUUUGUGUGCUGCAGGCUGAAGCGUUGCUGUUCCCUGUGCUCACUGUGCCUUGUUGUGUCCCUCAGGAUGCCUUUGGACAUCCUGGCAGCGAGAUGAGGAUAGGGGAGCUCCGUCCUUCCAUGCCUGAGACGCCGCUCUACCCCCCCAAACUCGUCCUGCUGGGUAAAGACAAGAAAGGUACUGAUGGAUUUGCAGCCUUUGAGAUGAAACCUUGUGGUGGGGAUGUUCCACCUCUGCUUGUAAACCAUAGCCCGUGGACGUUUGUGCACGUAUCAGUAGAGCCCAAUGCCAUGCAAUGCUAGAUCUGAGUUACAAAUGUGUUUUUCUGGUGUUCCGUUCCCGAGUGCCGCCCCCUGAAAGCGUUUGCUGUGUUUUGUUUCAGAGUCGACAGAUGAGUCUGAAGCAGAUAAGAUCCAUUGUCUGAAUAACAGCGUUUCCUCAGGCACUUACUCAGACUAUUCCCCUUCCCAGGCUUCCUCAGGGUCCUCCAACGCGCACGUAAAAAUGGGCUCCCUGCAGACCACGGCUAAAGAAGCAGUGAAUAACUCUUUGUGGGGGAACAGGUGUGACAUCUUUCCUGACGCAGCUUCUGCUUCCCUUCUGUCCUCUCUGGGCCCUCAGAGUCACCCUGUUAGGGCGUUUGGGUUUAAAAAUCCCCGGUUUUGUCCCACGUUGGCUGUGCAGAGAUGGCCACCCUCCACAUUCCAUAAUCCCACAGCUGGUGAUUCAGCUCUGUGCCCUCUCCAGGUCUUAAUGCUCCUGGAGGUGGAGCUGCAGCUGUUGGUGUCCCAUUGUUGCUGUCCCAUCUCCCUCUGCCCUGGACCUCCAAAAAGGUUCUUGAAAAGCCAUAACCUGCACUGGAAACAUUCCAGGACCAGCCUGUCCUGACCGUGCCUGCCCUAAAUCCCCUCACGCUGUUCCCUCCACAGCUCUGCCCCGUUAAAGAGCUGGAUGGCAACAGGCAGCAAAACUGCCUCUGGUGCCCCUGGUGUCUCUGGUUAAAAGGUGGGGGAAACCUUCUGCUGCACUCAUCCGUUAUUUUUACAGCAGGAAAGUCUGUUCAGCGGGAUUUCUGGGAGCACAGCACGGAGCCAGCCAGGCCUUUGAGUGACUUCUUAGCUUCUCCGUGCGUGUCCUGUCAGAGCCUGUGCUCCGGGGCAGAAACCUGCUGCCACCGUUCCCGUGCCAGCGGCACGGCACCCACGGAGCUCCCAACAGCUCGAGAGUAGCUCGGCUGAGGCUAAAAAACACCGAGGGGGCAGGUUUGAUUCCCGGACUCAGUGAUCCUUGCGGGGCCCUUCCAGCUGGGAAUAUUCCGUGCUGAGCACCCCCGGAGUCUCCCGGUGCGAUCCCGAAGCCAGGGCGCAGGCGGGAGAAGGCCGAGCUGCUUUCCAAGGACGAUGGGCGCUGGCGUGCCGGGACAGAGGACAUUUUAUCUUGUUCCCCUCUCUUGUCUUUGCAGGCUGGCCCAGUCGUUCCCACAGCCCCUGGAGACCAAGCCAUUGCUGAGCCAGCGGGAAGCGGCUCCGGCCGGGAACGUCCCGGCGCGCCCGGAGCGGCGCCCGCUGAGCGACGCCUUCGCCGACAGCUGGAACGACGGCUCCCACUACGACAACACGGGAUUCGUGGCCGAGGAGAGCGCGGCAGAGAACGCCGGCACCAACCCCUUGCUGAGCACCAAAUCCAGGAGCUCCUCCGCCCACGGGCGCCGGCCGCUGAUCCGGCAGGACAGGAUCGUGGGGAUCCCCCUGGAGCUGGAGCAGCCCGCGCUCAGAAACGCACACGACUCUGAAGUGCCUCCUCCCAAUCCUUGGCAAAAUUGGACCAGAACCCCCAGUCCUUUUGAAGACAGGACAGCUUUUCCUUCCAAACUGGAAAGCACCCCCAACACCAGCCCUUUGCCCGAGCGGAAAGAUCACGUCAAGGAGUCUCCCGAAAUGACGAGCACUUUCACUCCAGGAAUUCCGUGGGAAUACCACGACGCCAACGCUAACAGGAGCCUCACGAACGUCUUUUCCCACGUGCACUGUCGCCCGGACCCUUCCAAAAACGUCAUCUCCAUCAGCAAGAGCACGGAGCGGCUCUCCCCGAUGAUGAGGGAUUUAAAAACGAACAAGUUUAAGAAGUCGCAGAGCAUCGACGAGAUCGACAUCGGUGCGUACAAGGUGUACAACAUCCCCCUGGAAAACUAUGCAUCCGGGAACGACACCGUGGGCCCCCACGAGAGGGUGGACAAGCUGCUGGGCCCGGAGCACGGCGUGCUGAGCAUGUCCCGCAGCCAGUCCGUGCCCAUGCUGGACGACGAGCUGCUGACCUACGGCAGCGUCAAGGUGCAGCCGCAGCACAAGGCGUCGGUCACCAAGAAGGUUUAUCAGUUCGACCAAAGCUUCAACCCCCAGGGCGCCGUGGAGCUCCCGGCCGACAAGCGGCUCCUGCCGCCCUUCCAGCUCAACGCCGAGUACCUGCCCCAGCCGGCCAAGAGCCUGCCCCAGGAGCUGGUGAGCCCGCGGGGCUACCGCGGCUACGCGCCCGUGGAGCCCAUGUUCUCCUUCUCGCAGCCCUCGGUGGGCGACGAGCCGGCGGCCGCCCCCUUCCCCGGCCCGGCCGGGCGCCCCGGUUUCCUGCGCAGGGCGGAUUCGCUGGCCAGCUCGGCGGAGAUGUCGGUGUUCCGCAGGGUGGGCGAGCCCCAGGAGCUGCCCCCGGGGGCGGACAGGUACGGCCGGGCCCCGUUCCGCGGCGGCCCGGAGCGCCAGGGCAGCAUGGCCGUGCCCGAGGCCCAGUUCCUCAAGCGCAACGGGCGCUACGAAGACGAGCACCCUUCCUACCAGGAAGUGAAAGCCCAGACCGGGAGCUUCCCGGUUAAAAACCUCACGCAAAGGAGGCCCCUGUCGGCACGAAGCUACAGCACAGAGAGCUACGGCACGGCCCAAACGCGGCCGGUCUCAGCGAGGCCCACCAUGGCAGCUCUGCUGGAAAAGAUUCCGUCAGACUAUAACUUGGGUAACUAUGGCGACAAGCCUUCCGAUAGCAGUGAUAUAAAGCCGAGGCCUCCCCCUGGGAAGGGAAAUGAGAGCUGUGCUAAAAUGCCCGCUGACUGGAGACAACAGCUACUUAGACAUAUAGAAGCUAGAAGGUUAGACAGGAGCGCUGCUUACAAACACCACACAGUUAGCCUUGGCAUGCUGCACUCUGGAGGGGUUUCAGCCAUGCAUGCCGGCCGAAGCAUGACUUUAAACUUGCAGCCUAAAUCUAAAUUUGAAAACCAAAUGCUUCAAGAGCUACCUCUACCGAAAACCCCGUCACAGCAGAGCGGCCUCCUGGACAACGGGCAGGACGAGGUGGCCGUGGGCAGCCCCUGGAACCCCUACCCGCUGGGCCGGCGGGACGUGCCCCCCGACACCGUCACCAAGAAGGCAGGUAGCCACAUCCAGACGCUGAUGGGCUCGCAGAGCCUGCAGCACCGGAGCCGGGAGCAGCAGUACGAGGGCGGCAUGAACAAGGUGACCAUCCAGCAGUACCAGCCCCCCCUGCCCAUCCAGAUCCCGUCCUCGCAGGGCUCCCGGGCCCCCCAGCCCCAGCGGUGCCUCAUCCAGACCAAGGGCCAGCGCAGCACCGACGCCUACCAGGAGCAGUUUUGCGUGAGGAUAGAGAAGAAUCCUGGCCUUGGGUUUAGUAUCAGUGGUGGAAUAAGUGGACAAGGAAAUCCAUUCAAACCUUCUGAUAAGGGUAUCUUUGUUACUAGGGUUCAGCCUGACGGCCCCGCCUCCAGUCUGCUCCAGCCCGGAGACAAAAUCCUCCAGGCCAACGGACACAGCUUUGUCCACCUGGAACACGAGAAGGCUGUGCUCCUACUGAAGAGUUUCCAGAACACAGUAGACUUAGUUAUCCAACGUGAGCUUACUGUCUAAAUAUUUUUUUAUAAAUAGUAAAUAUGUCUAGCCAGAUCUAAUGUUCAAAAGGAUUUAUACAUAGGAAACCAAUUUUUUGCCAAUUGCUGGACCAAUGGCAAACGGUAGUGCCAAAUGUAUAAUACUCUAUGUUAGUACCAAUCAUCGGGAGGAAAUAUAAGAAUUAACUCUAUAAAUAUAUUGUUCAUGUGGCUCCGUAUUAGUUUUACUUGUCAGCCUCUGGCUGUGCAUUGGUGCGUUUUUUUAACCAAGUUCCUUCUUAAAAGUCAAUUUCAUAUGAUUUCAAAACACAGAAGCACAUACAAGUCCUUUAGGAAUUCUGCUGUCCAUCAGAAACACUGCCUCAAAGUUGUAUAUGCCUUUAUAAAGAUGAAAUAUAUUAACCUGUACUUCCCAUGAAAUAUUUCUAUCAUGUCGCAUACGAAAGUAUAGAGAAGAAAAUAUUUUCAUAAACACCUCAAAGAAAGUAUAUAUUAAAUUAAAUUUAAUAAUGUUCAUUUAUUUUCAAUGCAAAGAUAUUCUAUGCCUUAUGAAAAUACCUGUACAUAUGCCGUGUGUAUAGCUGGCUCCGUAGGGAUCAGGAACAAUUCACUACACAGGGUGAGAGACUUCUCCAGCUGUAACUCUGGGACCUCGGGACAAGGAGCCCACGUGGGAAUGGGACAGCUCCUUCUGGAAUGGGUGAACUCCUUCUGGAAUGGGUUAGCUCCUUCUGGAAUGGGACA